AGGACUGAGCAGCAGCACAGAAAGCAAAUAAACGUUGUAGAGUUCUCCUGCAGACCGUGGCCAUGGCUUGGCAGUCCCUGGCAGACACGGCGCUCCCGUCUCCUCACACCUGAUAGCGGACUGAGAGAGGAGCUAGCACCGGGGAGAGAGCCACGCCGUAUCAGACGGUAAACCAGCAGGACUCGCUUUUAUUUCAACGUGUUUGUUCUGCUUUUUCUUCACGUGUUAAUCCGGCUGCUCCUUGUUCACGGGGCUUUAUGUUGACGGCGGAGGAGGCGGGUUUCUUCCACAAGUCGAGCAUUGAUUUCUGGAGCGGAGCAGGAGCCGCACAUCUCUUUCAAUGACGACACUCUGCCGCCUGAUGUUUGUGUCAACAAGCAUCACUGGCCUUCAUCUUCAUAACACCAGGUGGAGCCCCUGAAGAAACCGGCCUGUAAAUGUAACAAAGCCGAGCAAAGCAUUGCCCUGAUCAGAUGGACCCUGGAAAAAAGCACCAGCAUUCUUUUUAAAAUGACAUAAGAUUGAAGAAAAGACUGAAGAUUGAUACAGCACAGUUUUACCUCCCGUCCACUUCUCAUCUUCUGAUUCAAUCAGAGGAAAAGAACACGUCUGCUUUCUACCUCCCAGAGAAAUAGAAAAGGAAAAAAAAAAAAAACAAUUUAUUGUCCAGCAUCAGUUCCUUUUUUGUCUUUUCUUCGUGCAACAUUUCUUCAUUUACCUCAGGGAAUCUCUCCCACUGCCUACCUCCUUCACCGAAUCAGCCAACCCAGUGACUGGAACACGGAGCAAAGACCUCUGACCUCUCACUGUUACCACAACAACCUGUAUUGCCUCUCAAGCUUUCCUCACUGCAACAGUGACAACCAGCGAGGACCUUGGACCUCUUUCCACCUGCUAGCUCAGACCUGCUCACUGCCUCAAAUUGUACUGAUCCACACUUGUGGCCUGGACCUUAGGCUGGUUAUUACAAAAAGGAAAAGGUUGUGUGUCCAGAAAGGAAGCUAAACACUCACAAUAGCCUCACAUGUCAAUACAAUAUGCCCGACAGGCAACAAAAUACCUCAACCAACUUCUAGAUAGACUCUUAGUCAACAGACGAGAACUAAAAGCAACAGCAUUCACUCUCUUGGUGCUUCAUUACACCCAGCUGGUAACUUGCGCUUGACAUCCUGGUGCUUCAAUCCACCCAGUAGACGACUCACUUCAACAUCUUCCAUUUGUCUUAGAGGCAGGAGUAUAGCAACAGUAGUCAGUGAGGUCUCCAGAGAAGCACUGAAAGUGAGAGCUUUGGGAGUGUUUCACAGCAGGCAAUUUCUCUUCAUUUGACUCUCAGCAUAGUCACAUCAUCCCCAAGCUCCAAGCAGUAGUAUCAACCAGCACUUGCCCCGAGAGGCCUUCGGAGAUCACAGAAAAGACUCAGAAGUUCCUCCUGCCUUGAGCUUCCUCUUCCUUCACCCCUGUCAAACCUCUAGAGAAGAAGCUGGAGAAGUUCUCGGAAAGCCUCAUCAGCUUUUUCUACUCUGGAGGCAAGCCACAAAAAAAUGAAGAACUUCUUGGCAGACUUAAGUCAGAGCAUUAUAAGACUGUGAAAGUAAGAAGAGUAAACGCAGGGAAGAUCCACAUUGUGUGACAAGGAGGAGAAGAAGGAGGAGAAAAGCACUUAAAGUAAAGAGAAGAAUGCAGAUCGUUCUUUUGCUUCCACUGAUGUCCCGCCCACCUUGCUCUUCCCAGCCAAUCAACACGCAGAUCCUCAGAUGGCUGUCUACUGAAGGGGACGCCGGCGAAUGCUGAGCAGGCUGGCAAGGUCGAGGGCCGCCUCGUCUUCCUGUGAUUGGCUGCUGGACAGGACUGAGGCACCAUGGAGCCAAUGUCCAACAAGCAGGAUAGCAAUUCAUCAGAGGGAGAUGAGAAAGGGUGGCCAGAUGUGCCGAAAAGAAAGAGCAAGAACAGCCAGUGUUCGGUGAAGAGUAUGUCUGCUCUUAGUGUCUCUGUUCCAGGGUACAUCCCCAGCUACCUGGAGAAGGAUGAACCAUGUGUGGUCUGUGGGGACAAGGCCACUGGAUACCACUACCGCUGCAUCACCUGUGAGGGCUGCAAGGGCUUCUUUCGCAGGACCAUCCAGAAGAACCUCCACCCAGCUUACUCCUGUAAAUAUGAAGGUUGCUGUGUCAUCGACAAGAUCACCCGCAACCAGUGCCAGCUGUGCCGCUUUAAGAAGUGCAUCUCUGUGGGCAUGGCCAUGGACUUGGUGUUGGACGACUCAAAGCGCGUGGCCAAGCGGCGUCUGAUAGAGGAGAAUCGACAGAAAAGAAAGAGGGAAGAGAUGGUGAAGACGAUGCAGACGAGGCCCGAGCCAACAAACGAAGAGUGGGAGCUGAUCAGGAUGGCAACCGAAGCCCACCGGCACACCAACGCCCAGGGCGCCAGCUGGAAACAGAAGCGCAAGUUCAUGCCCGAUGACAUCGGCCAGGGUCCAAUUGUUCCCACUUCAGACGGCGAUAAGGUGGACCUAGAAGCCUUCAGCGAGUUCACUAAGAUCAUGACCCCCGCCAUCACCCGUGUCGUCGACUUUGCCAAGAAAUUGCCCAUGUUCUCAGAGCUGCCUUGUGAAGACCAGAUCAUCUUGCUGAAAGGCUGCUGCAUGGAGAUCAUGUCGCUGCGAGCCGCUGUACGCUACGACCCAGAAAGUGAGACGUUGACGCUAAACGGCGAGAUGGCGGUGAAACGGGAGCAGCUGAAGAACGGCGGGUUGGGCGUGGUUUCGGACGCCAUCUUCGACUUGGGAAAGAGCCUGGCUCAGUUUAACCUGGACGACACGGAGGUAGCUCUGAUGCAGGCAGUGCUGCUCAUGAGCUCAGACCGUUCAGGGCUGACCAGCAUGGAUAAGAUCGAGCAGUGCCAAGAGGCCUAUCUGCUGGCCUUUGAGCACUACAUCAACUACCGCAAGCACAACAUUCCCCACUUCUGGCCCAAGCUGCUGAUGAAGGUGACUGACCUGCGCAUGAUCGGAGCUUGCCACGCCAGCCGCUUCCUCCAUAUGAAGGUGGAGUGUCCCAACGAACUCUUUCCCCCACUCUUCCUUGAGGUCUUCGAGGACCAGGAUGUGUGACUUGAAGAGACGAUGCCACCCCCUAAAAAAGCCUGGACAGAAAAGCGUAGGAAUGAAAUCGGGGUGGUUUUUUUGUUUCCUUGUUUUUUCAAAAGAGGAAGUGUGCGGGGAAGUAAAAUUUUUUUUUUUUUUUUUUUUGCUUUUUUGUUGUCCAACACCAUCAAGACCCUCCACCUGCCACCAGCAACACACACCAACAUCAUGAGAGAGAAACACACUGACAAUCCAGCUUUUCUUUUUGUCGUGCUGAUAGGUACACACACAGAGUACAAAGCUGUAAACAGUUUAACAUAUUCAAAGAUUCAAAUUCCAAACACACUGCCAUGAACAUUCACUAUCUCUAUAUGCAAACACAAGUCUCUUCAAUUAACUCCUCUCACACCCAUAAGCUAUACUCUGGUCCUACACUAAUGCAAACUGAGGGGCUACUCCCACCACAUCCACCUCCACCUUUAAAAAUCUCUGGGACCUGACCAUUAGCUUGUCAGACAACCCCUGCCCAUCUCCUACGCGUCUCCAUAUCUGCAAUGGCUUCCUCCAUCUGCACGUGCAGCCCUCCCCUGAGGGUUCUCUGAGUGUUUGUCGACCUACCUCCCUCACACACUGACCUCUCCUUCUCUCUACAUCAACGCUCAAAACACACCCAUACACUCUUACCUCAUACCUCAGAAGAUGUUAACUCUAAACCUCUCUGCUGUGUUGCAGUCGGAACACUUUGAUUAAGCCCUUAUCUAUUUUGUAAUUUGUAUUAAAAAAAAACCUGAUUAAUAUUUGUAUAUAUAUAGCACUACAAAAGUUGCUGUGUGGAUUAAUUAAGAAAAUUAAGUGUAAAAAAAGUGAUGGGAACCUCACGGUGCUUUCUGUGAAGAUACUGAAUAAAGAGUCUUGAUCUAAGAUUCACUGUGCGCUUCAAGAAAGAGUGUAUCGAUGUGCAGAAAGUUACUGUCGUUAAACAGUUCAUGCUUAUCCUGUGAUUCGAGUUAAAUCAAUAGUUCACUGCUGAGUGUAUCAGAAAAGUUACUUGAUAACUUGCUAAAUAAGAAGAUUCAUGCCACUCUCAAAAGAGGGUGCUAUCAACCAAGCUAGCAAGCUAAACUAACCAAGCUAGCAAGUUUAAACUGGUGGUAAAAUUUCUUGGAUUCAAAAAUAGGUCCCACAAUCUCUCAUGGGUAGAAACUAUGAACCAUAUUAAUACAUGUCAAGAAAGAUAACAGCUGACUCUGCAGACUAACCACUCUCAAAGAAAAGUUUAAGUGCUCUGCAACUGUUUAAAAAAAGACUGUAUGCUAGCUAUAGCACCAGAAAGAAUUUGUUAGCGACUAGCUGGUAAGGUAUACUGUAGCAUUUAGCAGCUAAUUUGUAGGAUACUUUUAAUUUAUCAAAGCACAUAAAGAAUUAUUAUUCUUCAAAACAAUUUCACCGCACUACAAAAUUGCAAUCUUACUGUAUAGAAGACUUUUAGGGUGUAAUGUCUAAAUUUGCACCCAGCCCAAAGGAAUGCUAUCGUGGCUAACUAAAAGCCUGAUGUUUAAAUAGGUAACUGUUUGCUAACAAGUUCAGUCAGUGAUUAUAGACUUUUCUGCUGCCACCAAAUGGCCAAAGCAAUCUGUGAAGUUUAAUAUUGGUAUUGUUAGCAUGUUAGCAUACUAGCCACUUCUAUUCUUAACUCUUCUUUGGCGUUGCGUUUGGGAUAGGGGGAUCUUGCUCCAUAUAAAUACAUUCUUUCAAAACUUCUAGUACACAGUCAGUAAAUAUUUUAACAGAAAGCAUUUCUUGAUUCAUUACAUAAUUUAAUGCAAAAUGUUUUGAAUUUGGAUUUUAAAUGUUUAGUAAAUAAAUAUUUUAAGUAAUUUUAAAAUGAAGUUUGUAGCUGGGCUAUAUUAAAGUGUUCCCUCUAGAAUCAUAACACGUUGCAAUAUAACUUGAGAAACUGCUUCAUACUACUUUGAUACACUGACAAGUCAUGUCCUUUAUUAUAGUAUUGAUAUAUAUAUAUAUAUAUAGAUAUAUUCACUAUGUAUGUAUAUAUUCUGAGUACAUAGGUAUUACUGCUAGAAUACCUCUCUGACACAUACCUCCUGUUUCCAUUAUCUCUCACACACAAGUAUUAUGCACACACAUCUUCAGUUGUUUUUUGAAGUAAUACCUCAGCUUGUUUUUGAUGCUCAUCCCUCCUUCCUCAUCCAUAACCUCUGGGCUGUACCACAUCUUCUGUCUCCAUGUGUGUAUGUGAGUGCUUCUUAUCAAUGGAACCCUGCCCUGUUGUCGCAACGUAGCCCCGCCUCCUCACCUCCACGCUGUCUUGUGAUAGGUUCAGCUCGGGCAGGUGGUGGAGGGGGAUGUUGUCACUUACCUCUGCAAACCUAGGCUGCCCCCUGUAACUCGUUUCAAGUUCAGCCUGAAACAGACAGAUUCUACCUCACACACCUCUCAUCUCAGUGCAGCUGCCCCUCUGUCUGCAACACACUGACAUGCAUGCAAAGAUAUACAAACAUACACACAUAGUAGACAAUGAGUUACCAACAUGGACCCGAUGAGCAUGCUGCUCAGACAACAGUGUACUGCACGUGUAUAAAACGGGCCAUGGAUCAUUAUUCGACAGCUGACAUGGAAGAUUUUGUUAUUUUCUCCCCUUUUUUCAUUUUGAUCGCUCAUCACCUGGGACCAACAGUCUCUCUGGAUUUGUUUUUAUUCAGGAAGCCGGAAUGACAAUGAGGGCAGGGGUGAAUAUGUGACAUUACGGUGUGCCGAUUGAACUUACAGAGACUGUCAGGGGACAACGACAGCUGGAAGCUGGGACUCCAGUGGAAGCCAUUUUGGCCUGAUCGGGUCAGGCCAAUGGACUAUUGUGGGUGGUGACUGGGAGGUGAAUAAACAGCAAGUGAAGUAAGCAGUAGUCUCCUGUGGAUACGGUAUCAUCCAGAGGGGAAGGAAACGACGAGCGAGCAACUGUGGCGGGGAGCGAUGUGACUUUAAAGCAAGCUGAAAGAAAAACCCCCACAUAAAAAAAACGGACCCUCGCACUUUCAGUACAUCUCCAAAUCCUUCCCUCUCUGUCGCAGCAGAAAUGGACGCCGAGCCAUUUCAAAGACACUUUGCGACUUUCCUAUCCCAGAUUUACAAUAUGAAUUAAACACUGCUGAAUUAAGCUCCACCAACCACAUCCCAAAUGCCAUCCACUACAAAUAACUAUCAGGUUUUUUUCUGUUGCACUAGAACCACAAUGUCUGUAUCCCUUAACGGCCCUCCUUGACCCCUCCCUCUUAAUCUUUCUCCCAGACAUAUUUGUGUUUCUACCUGACUUUAGCAGUCUUAACAAUGUUCUCCGAAAUAUAUCUCACACACGAAAACACACACAGUAAUCUCUAAUCUCUUCAGAUUACCUGUUGAAACCAACAAGGACUGUGACAUGGCCUUCAGAUGCCACUACUCUCAGUGUUACUAUACUUUCUUAUGUAUGUUGCAGGGUAUUAAAACAGAAUGGUAAGCGCUGACUAUACAGGGAUACACACACACACACACACACACACACACACAGCAAUAGAAUGAUCAAGCAGUACAGCUUCACGCCCGCCGUCCCGAGGCCUGCUGUGUUUGUACUUAGCUCACUGUGAAUGAAAGCCAUGCUGCAACCGGGUCAUGGCUCAUAGCAGGGAACCACUGGCUUAGUAAUCCUGACAUGCGUUUGUGCCUCACAGAGGUGGUUAUACAGAUAUACAUAAUACAUUAUACAGAAGCAUAUAUUUAUAGACAUAGAUAAUAUAUAUAAAAAUGUUACAGUUGUUUUAUGUGGCAUUAGAGCUAUCAGCGAGUGACUUUUUGCUGCCAGCUCAAAUCGGAUCACAAAUCUAUCUGACCCGUCAUGUAGCAGAGGGGUCAGAAUACAGUAUUGAUAUCUGUACAGUUAUAUUUAAGCAUUGUUUCAAGUUGACCUCAUGUUGCAUUAUGAUGCUUGUUUGCCUUGUGAUGAUCACCAACUGACCUUCAUCAUAUACCCAUCUUUUCAAUACCUCUAAAUCACUUCACUAUCACAAGAAGUACCUUAAGCAGAACUACUUUUCCUUUUUUUCCCAUUACGGGAAUCAGGUCCGCAUAGCUCAGUGAAAUAAGAUUUAGAUUUUAGCUGGCAGCAGCACAGCCACUCUCUCUCUCUCUCUCUGUCUCUCUCCGUCUCUCUCUCUCUCUUUCUCUCACUCUCUCUAUCUCUCAGCCAAAUGAUCACCGGAGAAAUCCUCCCCGUCCUCUUAAAAAAAACCACACCAGCACCACAGAGCACACUGCCUUCAGACAUGAUCAGUUGCACCAGCAUAAGCAGAGAGACUCAACAUUAUAUUCAGUGACCAUACUCCUCACAAGAAAAGCGAUAUACCUGGACACCACUGCUACCUGUGAUACUGCAGACUGCAUGCAAAUCUAAUCAGUGUUUCAAAUCUGAUCCUUUAAAAGUGUUGUUUUUGAAUUGGGAGUUUUGGAGAGGGACUUGUUUUGCUGUCUGUAUGACCUUGGUUGUCUUAGUGACGAGGCAACUGGGCACCAAGUGAACAAGAGCACGUUUUGUGUCCCACUACUCAAAAUGCUCCGACAGUUCAAUGACACAGUACUUUUUCUGCUUUAAUCUUUAAUACAGUGUCUCCUCGUGAAGCUUAAAAUGUUUUCCUUCUGUUCAUAUAAGACAUGUGUAAUGUCAGAAUAGAAAACUGGAUUUGCUCAGCUCGUUGGAGCACAGUCUGGGUGGUGCUACAGGAGGCUUAUAUUGCAGGCAAAGCCAGAUGUGAAUGUCUCCAGUUUAAAGAGCCACAGAGUAGAAGAAAAAAAGGUGUUUUCUUUUCACAUUAAAGCACCUUUUGACUAAAGCAGCAGUGUUGAGGCCCAGCAGGAUUGCUUCAAAAGCUGCAUCACUUUCCACACUACAACAUAAAACCGAAGUCUUUUUCGUAGAGUGACCACAGAAUUGUGUUUCCUCACGACGCUCUCUGUCUCUUACAUGAAACUUUGAUGUUACGUUUACAAUAAACUAAAAUGUGAACUUGAUGCUAAGCUCUGCCGCUGCAGUGUGGCACGAAACUAAAACAACAACUCUCUCACAAGUUGUUUUUUCACAAAUAAACUGUGUAUACUACUUUCAUUACUUACCCAGGGAAAACAUCUGUUAGUUAGUCAACAGCAUCCUUCCUCAUAUCUGUCUCCUCCCGUCCUUUCUCUCACUUUCAUUUUGUCCCCUGCAAUGUCCCCCGUUGAGCUCCCGAUCAUCCAGCCUUCUUCCUUACAUCCUGGUCCCUUUCCAAUAUUUAUUUCACCUUGUCCUCUAGGUGUGCACCUUCCUCCUCCCGUCCCACACAUGCACACAGUCACAAAAAAAAACCUACCCCAACUCAUACUUAGCACUCUUUGGUGGAGAAAGACGACAAUCCCUGCAGGAAUAUGUCCACAUGUGGAAUGUAAAAUACUGAAAUUGUACGAUUAAAGACACCGUGUGAAGUCACA